GUCUCCAUGGCGACGGGUGUGUUUGUGUUGCUAAGCGCGUGGUUCGGUGUGUGCGUGGCGUUUAACCUCGACACGUCGUUCUCACUGCUGAAGACGGGAAGAAAAGGAAGUCUGUUUGGACUCUCUGUCGCUCUGCACCAGGACCUGAAGACAGACAGGUACCUGCUAUUGGUCGGAGCCCCCAGGGAGAAGGCGGAGACUAAUGUUCCAGCCAAUCGAACAGGAGGAGUGUACAGCUGCCCGAUCACUGCCGGCCAAUCAGAGUGCAGCAGGAUGAAGCUCAUAGACCCAGACCUGAACCCGUCUGAAAACCUGAUGGAGGACAUGUGGUUGGGCGUCUCAGUAGCCAGUCAGGGCAGACCAGGGGGGAGGGUCCUGGCGUGCGGCCAUCGCUUCAUUAAACUCUACGGAGUGUCCAAGAUCAGACACAUGAUUGGCCGCUGUUAUCUCCGUGGAAACGACCUUCAGUACGACGACACGGACAUGCACUGGCAGAACCCCGACCAGACCUGCAGUCACCAGGGUGAUGUCAGCGGUGAGGUCAUGUGUAACGCGGGGAUCUCGGCCUUCAUCACGCAGAACGAGGUCAUCGUCGGCUCGCCUGGAAGCCACGAAUGGCAAGGUAACGUCCAUGUGUCCUGGAUGAACCCAGACCUGGUCUUUGACACCCAGACCAGCUCCUUCUCCAACACGCAGCACAGACACAUUUAUAGUGGAUAUUCAGUGAUUCAGGCUCGUCGUCUUCUCUCUCAGGAUGAUGAAACCAUAGUAACAGGAGCUCCUCGGGACACUAAACAUGACGCCCGUGGCUCCGUGCUGCUGGCGGUGAAACGGUCUCACACCCUGAUGACUCAGUGGACUCUACGCGGUGAACAGGUGGGCUCGUACUUCGGUAACGCCGUGGCAACCAGCGACCUCAACAACGACGGGUGGAACGAUCUGCUGGUAGGCGCUCCUUUUUACUUCCAUCGUCAGCAGGAGGCGGGCGGGGCAGUUUAUGUUUACAUGAACGGGGGUUCGUUUGAUUCUACGGCCAGCGCGGUGCUGAGAGGACCGACCGGGUCGGCGUUCGGUAUGGCUGUGGCUGCUGCUGGAGACCUGAACCAGGAUGGCUUCCAGGACUUUGCAGUCGGAGCUCCUUUCCAUGAAACAGGAAGUGUGAUGAUCUGGACCGGUAGCAGCGAUGGGGUCUCUGCAGAGCCGAGCCAGGUGAUCCGUGGCAGCAGGGUCUCUCCUGUGUUCAAGACUUUUGGUUACUCUCUGUCUGGAGGUCUGGAUGUUGAUGGGAACAAAUAUCCAGACCUGCUGGUCGGCUCUCUGGACGACGCCGUCGCUCUGCUCAGAACUCGUCCAGUCGUUCACCUCUAUAAAACCAUCAGAGUUUCUCCGGACGUCGUCAACCCGAACAAUUGUGACUUCUGUAUUCAGGUGGAGGUGUGUUUCUCCUUCAUGUUCAGCACCGGAGAGAAGAGCGACAGAGGCAACAUCACCGUCCACUUCGCUGUCACUGCUGACUUAAGCAGCAUCAAGUCCCGCCUCCGUUUCCGUGACAACGGGCAGAGCGUGUACUCUGGUUUCCUGUCGAUGGCGGAUAAACGAUGUGAAACUCUGAGAGUCCAACUGCUGAGUCCGAUCCGAGACAAAGUGGAACCUCUGGUGUUCUCUCUGAACGUCUCUCUGUACGAGAAGCUUCCCAAGAAAAAAGCCCCGCUGCAGAACCUGAAGCGCCUCCCUGUACUGAGCCGCACACCCCGACCCAUCAGAACCCAGAUCCACAUCCAGAAGGCCUGUGGUUCUGAUAACCGUUGCCAUAGUAAUCUGCAGAUGACGGCUCGGUUCACAGAUGAGAACCAGAACCCCUUCGCCAUGCAGAAGGGCGGCCAGGUGUUGUACUACAACGCCGGCAUCAACAGACUGUUUUUGGAGGUUAAUGUCAGCAACACACCGUCUCUGGACCGACAAGCAGAGGACGCUCACAAUGCCGUCCUGAACAUUAGCAUCCCACCAUCACUCAUUUACUCCGGAGUCAGAACGAAGGGUGACAUCCAUGCAGUGAUGGAGUGUUCUGUUGAGGACGCUGUUCUUCUGUGUGAGCUGGGGAACCCAUUCAAAAGCAACUGGAAGGUUCAGGUGUUGAUAAUAUUUCAGCCGUCUGAAAUCAGUUUAGACACCAGAGAGAUCCAGUCUCUGCUGCAGCUGUCCACAUUCAGUGAGCAGUCGGAUCUGUCUCCUGUCUUCGUCUGCAUGUUGGUGGAGUAUUCUCUGCAGACAUCUCUCACUCUAGUCACUCCUCCGGGUCCGGUCUCCUUCAGUGGUCCUGUGAUCGGAGAGUCGGCCAUGAAGGAGACAAAGGAUGUCGGCAGUCUGCUGCUCUUCACCUUCCAGGUGCACAUCAGCGGGAAGCCGCUGGGUCGCCUAGGCAACCUGCAGGUGGAGUUCGAUUGGCCAACAGAGGUGUCCAACGGGAAGUGGCUGCUGUACCUCACAGAGAUCCAAGUGAACGGCUCAUCAGAGGCUCGCUGUGCUCCGCCGGGCGACCCUACUGGUAACUAUGGCAACGUCAUCAACCCCCUCAACCUACUGCUGUCAAAGGAGGAGAAGAGAAAGAGGAGGAGUGUGGAGGACAAAGUGCAGGAGAAGAAGGAGGAGCAGAGUUUCUCCUCAGCCGUCCUCCAGCAGAAGAAGACGUCCUACGUUCUGGACUGUGAUCACGGAGCGAACUGUGUGACCUUCGUCUGUCCGCUGACCGAUAUGAACAACUCAGCGACUCUGACCGUCAGAGCCCGACUGUGGAAGGCCACCAUGACGGAGGACUACAGCGACGCACGGAGGGUGUUGGUUCGAGGCCGGGCGACUCUGAAGCUGCAGACGAACAAACCGACCAUCAACAUGGAUCCUCGCAGCUCAGAGAUUGAAGUCCACAUCUAUCCAGACCCGGGGCAGCAGCUGGGCUCCAGAGCCCCCAUGUGGAUCAUCGUGGUGUCGGUCCUGGCUGGACUCUCGCUGCUGGCUGUGAUCUGCCUGCUGCUCUGGAAGUGUGGUUUCUUUGUGCGUCGGGGGGCAUGGCGGGCCACGGUGCUCCACCAGGGGAGGAUUAUGGGUAAAGAUGAGCAGCAGCAGCUUAGGGACUCUGACGAUUUCCUGAUCCAAGACCACGUCUCCUCAUCCAGGAACAGGAAGUCACCCAAACACUGGGUGACCUCCUGGACUGAGACGCACUGAGAGACCAACAGUAUCAAUGGAGACACAUCCUGAACCGGACCAAACUGAUCCCUCAGACCCUGAACAUGACCAAACUGAUCCCUCAGACCCUGAACAUGACCAAACUGAUCCCUCAGACCCUGAACUGGACCAAACUAGACCAACACUGCCAUUUAAUACCUGCUGGACUGUUGAAGUUAGUUCUGCAUUGAGGCGGAGAUACAAGUUUCCAGCUGACAGUUAGUUCUAAUUUAUAUAUUCCUCUCACAACAAAAGUUUUUCAUGUUUUUAUAGAAUAUUUCGUUUAUUAUUUAUCAGCAUUUGGAAUAUUGUGUUUUUAUGUUUUUCUAUCUAAACAUUUGUAGGAUUUGCUGUGUGUGAACUACAUUUCCCAGCAUCCUUGGGUGUCUGAGAAAGAUCAGAGAUAGUGAAAUGAAUACUUUUGUUAUUUCUAUGAUAACCAUGUUGUCUGGUCAGGCCCAGUUUCACCAGAGCCACGUUUCAGAAAGUAGGUUUAGUGAAACUCUGAGUUAGUUAAACCUGAGAUAACUCUGGUUUUGAUUUGACACAAAGAGAGCUGACUUUAACUCUGGCUCCAUUAAAGUCAGUUACCAUGGUAGCAGUGGCCAUAACACUCUGAACACAGUUGAUGUCAAUGAUGGAACAUUAUUCCUUUAAUAUUGUACAUUAUAUGUUGAUAUUUCUCACUGAACAGGAUUGUGGUGCAGCUGCAGAAAAUUAGUUUAUUAAAUAGGCUGAGUUUAUUCUGAACCAGUCUAAACAUGUUUUAUUUCCGUGACAGUGUUUAACUCAGUCAGUCAAGUCAGAGUUUGUUGAACCUGCCUCCUGAAUCAGGGCUCUGGAGUCAGUGAAGUGUUUAUGUUAAAAUAUUUGGGAUCAACAGAUUUAAUGUUAAAUUUGGAAACCAAACGGCCACUUAGAUCUACAGACUGAUUAAUUAAUUGCUAAAUUGAUCAAAAGUAAGUGAACAGCAUUAAUAUUUAACGGGCUAAUUCAUGAAAGUAGUGGAAAGCUCCUUUAAAAACCAAAUAUGGCAGCAAAUGUCGUGUAGAUGAGUUAAAUGUGCCUAAAUGUUCUGAUGAUGUAGUGUUGCCUUCAAGGCCUCCUCGUUGUGCUUGUGUUGCUUUCAGGUGCUGAAGGAUCCUGUAACUGUUUGUUGUAGUUUCCUCACAAACCAGUCGGUUUUCUCCAGAGCUGUUUUCUGUGUCCUUUCACUGCCUUUUUAUAUGAUUGUGAUAUUUCUGACAGCACUUGAAAGCAGCGUCUCUUUUGUUUGUAAAGUCUUCCGUCUUUGUGGUGCUGAACUGUGUCGCUGUUCCCUUUGUGGUGAUGAUAUUAAAGUAU